UGUUUGAAACAUCAUGAAAUACAGUUCCUGAUUCUCAGAGUUAAACUCCUUAUAUGUAAGUCACUGUUCUUUGGCUCCACCCACUGAAAUUUAAUUUAACCACUGAGGUUAUUUCUACCAUGACAGCAGCUCUGUCUCUGAGACAAAGGUUUUCAGUCUUAAGACCAAAUUUAGUGUUGCAUCAAGAGCAGAACAAAGCCACACAGGAAGAGGCCAGUUCUCACCUGCUUCCUAUACUUCAGUGUGAUGUUCAGUCAGUCAGCAGCAAGACAACAUGGAGGUCACAGCUCUCUGCAUCACACUGUUGAUGACUGUGUUGUUCCUGCUGUGCGCAGGUGAUCAGAAAGUUGAUUCAGCAGUUCUUCAUAUUGAACCAAACAGACUGCAGUUCUUUGAAUAUGAACCUGUAACUUUCCACUGUGAGGGGCUCAAAGAGGAGGAGGAGCUCUCAUGUAAAACUUCUAGCAGUCUGACAUCAUCAAUGUCAUCCUGCGCCAUUAAAAAUGCUUUUCCGGAAGACAGUGGAGAAUACUGGUGUGAGGGUAAAGGGGGGAAGAAGAGCAACAGCAUCAACAUCACUGUCACUACUGGUUCAGUGAUCCUGGAGGGUCCUGUCCUCCCUGUGGAAGAAGGCAACAACGUGACUCUGACCUGCAGAAACAAAACGACUUCCUCAAACCUGACAGCUGGUUUCUACAAAGAUGGCCUCUUCAUCAGGAGCAGCUCUACAGGAGAGAUGACCAUCCACAAUGUGUCCAAGUCUGAUGAAGGACUCUACAAGUGUCACAUCUCUGGAGCUGGAGAGUCACCAGAGAGCUGGAUGGCUGUCAGAGAAGAGACUACCCUGACCUCAUCCAAUCCCAGCUCCUCUGGUCCUACCCCAUGGAUUGUUAUGACUUUCUUGUUGAUGGUUCUGCUGUUGGUGGUGGGACUACUUCACCUCUGCAAAGGGUAUGGGCACAGAGUAUUGGACUAUCUGUCCACACUGACUCUUCGUUCAAGCUCAGCUGAGAACCAAACAGUCUCUGUAGAGGCCGGUGCAGCUGAUGAGGACAAAGUGAUGUAUGCUGCUGUAACAAAAAACAGGAAGAAGAAAGAUGAGGAUACAUCGGUGUCUUCACCCAUUUACUACACCUUGGGCCUGGAUGAUACUCAACAACUGGCAGAACCAGGAGUAUCCACCAUGACAGCAAUUUCUGUUCCCUCAGCAGGUGCCAACCCAUCUUUAACGAGGAAUGCCUUAUAUUCUACAGUCCAGCUGCCUGCUGAGUGACUGCUAGUUAACGGUGGAACUUAAAAAGGUGUGUUCACGGUUUCACACAGUGCAGAGUGCAGAGUGACAACAAGGAACUAACACAUCCCCCAUAUGUCACUGUGUCAGUGUUCAUUUUAGCAGCUAAUUUUAGCCUCAGUCUUGACACAAAAAUGCUUAUACGUUUUAAGUCAUUUUUAUCUUUAAUGGUUUUAGUCGACAAACAUUUUAGUGAAUUUUUCAGUUUAUUUUUCUAUUUAAACUUAUUCAGUUAGGCUAAUACAUGAAUCAGAAAUCAGACUCAAGGUGACAGGUUGUAUAAAAUAAUGUGUGUGUCAUGUCUCCAGCAGUGUGUGACAGGUUUAAGGGCUGAUUUACGAACACACACUUACUGAUCAUCAUUUGAAAAGCUCAACAUCUCUCUAUUGUCCCCAGGUUCAUUGUAAACUCUGACUUAUCCAUGUGACUGUUAAGAAGCAGAAACAUAACUUCUUUCUUCCUCUGCAACAUGUUAGUCUGGAGGUUUAAACUUCAAACUAAACCUUCCAGCUGAUCUGAGUUCAAACUGUUAACACAGAUAAAUUAGCCUUUGUGCCUGUAUGCAGCAAUCAAAUGCUGACCUUCUCUUGACAGUUCAGAACUGAGUGGAGAUGUGCAGGGAAGAGAUUUGAAGACAGGUGGCUGGCUGCUUGCUCUGCUGCCGUUCAGCGGCUAACAAGCAGUUAGCUAGCUGCUAACAGCCACUGCUGCAACUAACAGACUCCACAAAUCCAUUCAGCAGCUCCACCACACAUGGCUGAUUAUUUACUGCUGAAUUACAGCUCACAACACACACCAGCGGCUGACGCUGCUCCUGGUGCGGACUAUUUACUGGAGUUUAGCAGUCUGUCGGCGCUCCGAGCUCAUACUACUCAUGUGACAUUAGAAAAUAACUGCAAGCAUGGCAGUUGUUUCUUCACAUUUUAAAUGUAAGUUAGUCCACCACUGACAUUUUCACCCUGUCUUGUCUCAUCAACAAAUAUGAAACAUUGAUUUUGUCAUGGCUUUUAUUACCAAGAUCUAUUUUUAGCUUUUCAGGUUCUUGUCACUGUCACCGCAAACAAAAGGUUUUUGAAUUAUUUUUUGUCAUAGUUUUUGUUAAUGAAAUUAGCACUGCACUGUAUUACAAAUUAGUAUUAUAUAUUUCUAUAAUGUAUAAAUAAAGCAAAAUAAUGGAGGAACAAACUGAGUUGAGAGACAAUGCAGUUUCUUUAAUGAGCAUGUUGAUAAAAAUGGUGCAGCUUGUGUACAGUACAUUCACUUAGCACAGCCAUCUGUACAUUUUUUAUUAUCAGUUAACAUUGUGUUCAUAUUUUAAUAACAGUGUACUUUAAUGAGCUGGAAUGACAUGGUUGUAAGGUCAUGUGAAGCUCGAAGCAUUUUAAAAUGGACUUAUGUUGUCAUGCAGUCUUCGUCUGAGUUUCUGCAUCUGUUUUUAAAAAGUAUCAUUAUGGUUUCAUUAUGGUCUGACAGUUAAACCAACUCGCUCCAUCUCUGCGUGAGAGCUCUGUUCACAGGAACUGGUCUGCUGCAGCUUUCAAAUGCACUCUUAACGGUGUCAUUUUGAUCUGAAGCACAGAGUUUGUGGUUAACAGUGUACUAUCUUCACAAUCUUGAGAAAAGGUUACUGACUGACUCAUUUUGACCGGGCUGAUAGAUGUACAGAUG